CUCUACUCUCAACAAGCUCAACAUGACUCCCAACGCCACUGCUGUAUCUGCUCUGACUUAUGCGCCUCGCACCGUGGCCAUGAGAAAAGAAGCAAACGAACUGAGAAGAACUUUAAAGCCCUUACUGGAAAAGAAGCGACGAGCGCGCAUCAACGAGAGCCUCGACAGAUUAAAAGCGCUCAUUCUCCCUCUCACAGGCAAAGAUAAUUGCCGUUACUCUAAACUGGAGAAAGCUGAUAUUUUGGAGAUGACCGUCAGAUUCCUGACUGACAUUCAAUCCAUUCCGACUAAAGAUAGCGCAGAUAGCUUUAAAGAGGGGCACACAGCUUGCCUCCAGCGCGUUUCAGCGCGCCUACCGCAAACCGGCCUCGACACAGAAACCCGCCAUCGCCUCAAUGAGUUCAUCCAGCAUUCAGUGAUGCCCAAGACCCCCACCUGCCAGAACUGCUGUGCACAGAGCUCCAAAAUGAUGAGUCAAAUCCAACAAAAACUCUUGAAUUUGAAAUCCAGCAGCACAAGAAUCGCAACCCCGGAAAAAAGCAACGCUGCGAUUCCCAGUCGACCUCAGCCUGUGCCACUGAUCACCGAUGCCGAAGUCUGGAGGCCUUGGUAGACCUACCGUAAAAUUGACUUUUGCUAUGAUCUAUUAAUGCAAGCCUUGUAGAAUUGUAGCUAUAUAUUUAAAAACUACUUAAUCUCUUGCAUUUCUUUUUAAAAUUUGAUGAAUUGGUGUCAUCAAAUCAGAUGUGAGUAUUGUAUACUUGGUUUUCCAGUCCAGUGCAUAGUAAUGGAACAGACCCGUUCAACUCGUUUAGUUUUCAUAAAGAUCCUGCGCGUAACCUGUACAUAACGUGGUUAGAUUUAUGCCCUUCCGCGGGUUAAAUCGUCGGUGGCUCUUGAAAACGCCUAAGUAAAACCCAACGGGUUGAUAAUUGUAAGAUAUUUGCACUUCAUACUUUAGUAUCCUGGGUUGGUGCAGAUGGUUAAAUGUAAGCACUCUGUGUUGUUGUUCACUGAAAUCUCUAUUUUAGGAGAGGUGCUAUUUAUUUCCAUGUUUAUACAUUUAUGUGUUGUGCUACAUUUAUGUUGAUACACUGAUGUGUUGUGCU